CUCGACGAUCUUCGACGUUAAACUGACUCGUCGGUCGACAUUUUCGGCACAGCAUCAUCAGCGCUGACGUGAAACUACGUGAGCGAAGGCGAAGCGUCCACCCAUACUGUAAUUAGUGACGAGUCAGACUACGUAAAACUUCGGUGACACACUAUGGAAACAUUGGACUCCACAAAGCUGGACAGCAAUUUAAAUGAUUCUGUGAAAAAUGGAGAUGAGAACCAGAAUGAAGCAAGUCCAACUCCUGCAGACCCUCAGCAGGAGUCAGUGGCUGCAGAAUCUCCUGCUGUGACUAUCGUCGAGCUACCUGACGGUCAAACUGUGCAGGUCCAAGGGGUCAUCCAGACCCCUCAGAUGUCUGUCAUACAGUCACCUCCAGUCCAAACUGCCCUGAUUGCCACAGUAGCGGAGCGGGAGGAUGACGAGUCCGUCACGCGCAACCAGAAGAGACGAGAGAUUCUCUCCAGGCGUCCGUCAUACCGGAAAAUACUCAAUGAGCUUUCAUCAGACUCUCCAGCUGUUCCUAAAAUCGAUGAAGAGAAGGCGGAGGAGGAGGUGCAGGUCUCCACUUUAGCCUCAGCAGCAGGGCCGACCUCCAUCUACCAGACCAGCUCGGGACAGUAUAUCACGUUCACUCCGGGGAGAGCCAUCCAGCUGGCAAGCCCUGGAGUUGAAGCCCUGGUAGCUGACUCUGCCACCCAAGUGCCCGGAGCCACAAUCCUGCAGAGUGCAGCUCAGCCAGGAGACACCCCACAGCAGCUCUACAUCCAGGGAGGACAGGUGCUCAUCCAAGCUGCCACAGGAGACAUCCCUUCCUACCAGCUGCGCUCGCCGAACUCAGGCCUGGCCCAGAGCAUCGUGAUGGCCACCUCGCCGAGCUCCAUGCAGAGCCCCCCAGUGCACCACCCCGAGGAGAUCACCCGCAAGAGGGAGGUCCGACUCAUGAAAAACAGGGAGGCAGCCCGCGAAUGCCGCAGGAAAAAGAAAGAGUAUGUCAAAUGUCUGGAAAACCGCGUGGCUGUGUUGGAAAACCAAAACAAGACCUUGAUUGAAGAGCUGAAAGCACUGAAAGACAUUUACUGCCACAAAGCCGAGUAGCGGCGGCUGGUUGUGGUCACGGGCUGAAGACAAGGGCCUGUUUACAAACUGCUACAGCCAAACACAAAAAAAAAAAAAAAGAAAAGAAAACUCUGGAGCAAAAACUGCUUGGACCGUCUUUGUUUCUCUGCUCACUCAGGCAUGGUGUACCCUGAAGACAGAAGUGUCCCGGGGAAUUCGAACAGCUCGAGCUUGUCAGUUUCGCUCUUGUUCUUGUCUUGUGCUCUUUGCAUGUACAGACUCAAGUGUUGCACACACUUUAGCUUGCUGACGCGUUUGUGCACUGGUGAGAGCCAGCCAAUGAGAGCCAGCCGAAGAAGAGGAACAGGAAGAGGAAAUACAGGUGCUUCCUGAAAAUGUCCCGCUGAAGUUCAGAGAUUAUGAAAAACCGUAAGGGGUCAGCCAGGUCUCGCUACCAGCAAGUUUCUCCGAGGUCGGAUGAGGUGCACAUUAAUCUACGCAGAUCCACCACCAGCUGUAUCAAGGCAACUCAAAAGUGUUUACCUGAUAUUGUCAUGUGUGUUUAAUGCUUUUAUUCUUGGUUCAUGCAUUCCUUCAUGCAAAAAAGGAGAAUUAGCUUCAAACAUUUUCACAGUGAAGUGAUUUCCUGGAUUUUGCCUGCUAGUUUUCAGUUUGUGUAGAAGUUCCUUCCUUAUUUUUGUUCAAACGGUUUUUGAAAAGCGAACCGGAAGAAUUCAAAAUCUCUUAUGUUUGGCGUCGUACACUGAAGUUUAAAAAGUAUUUCAAGCUGAUAUAAAAAGGGAUUAUCUGGAUGUGUUAGCGAAAGUCCAGAAGAAUAAUGUAUUUAUUAUUAGUACAGUGAAUUGAAUGUAGUGUUUGAAAUGAUUCAAAGCACAGAAAAAAAACCAAAGUGUCAGUUUGGAUAAUUAUCAAAAUUUAAAGUAUUUCUCUCCACAAGUUUUAUUCCUUAAGAAACACAUGAGCUAGUUGUUGAUUCUGUUAAUUGUUUACUCUAUCCUUAAAAAUACUUACGUUUUUGUAACCCCAUCAUCAGAUAACUCAAAAUGGAAUUGUUGUGCUUUACUGUCAUGCAAGUUAUGUCUAUCAAAUGAGUGAUAUCCACUGUGGUAUAAAACUGUAUUUGAUUAUGGCUGCAUAUUUAAAAAGCUCUGUUUAAAGGGUGAUGCCAAUUUCUUUUCUCUUUUGUAUGUGUGUUUAAAGUUUAUUUGAACAAAAAUAUAUCAUCUUGUGUUGAUGUCUAGUGACUUUUGAAAACCGCUUGCUUUUUCCGGUUCCUGUAGUUGUUCAGUUUGUUCCUCUGAAUAUGUUUUAUGAUAGUAUCUUACAGACCCUCCUUUAUGGCUGCCAAAGCUUGUUCAGUAAUAGUUGGUGUUUAUCUUUUUGUUUAUAUUACUUACAACAUAAUGAUUUCUCCUGUGGCAGUCCAAACACAUCCUCAUGGUUUGUGUUCAAAGAAGAAUGCUGACUCUGUUUAAUUCAAUAAAAAGUAGUGGAUUUA